AUGUUGAUCAACUACCAUGCAUCAAACGGUCCACCCCUUUACAAAAAGGGGUCAAACCAAAUGCAACUCCAUAUAAACUCAAGUCUUGCAAGUUUUAUCAAGUCGGAUUGAUUCUCUUUGCUCCUCCCAGCUAACAGGAAAGUAGUUUAUAUGCUCACCUAUUUGCCUCUACGGUGCUUGGGACUUAAAAGCUUAGUUUGUAUCAGCUUUGAUUGUGGAGUAAUAGGAGCCAUGGCGGCCAGGGUGAAAUAUUCUUGGAGUCUUGCCUUGGUUCUUUUGUGCAUCGUGAGUUUGAGCUACUUCGGCAACGCUGCGGAUCUUGGAGCUUCUUUCGUCUUUGGUGAUUCUCUCGUGGAUGCUGGUAAUAAUAACUAUUUACCCACCUUGUCUAAGGCAAAUAUUCCACCAAAUGGGAUUGAUUUCAAAGCUUCCGGUGGACAACCUACUGGCCGCUACACCAACGGGAGAACAAUAGGUGACAUUGUUGGGGAAGAAUUGGGGGUACCAAACUAUGCAGUUCCAUUUCUGUCUCCAAAUUCUACAGGAAAAGCUAUACUCUAUGGUGUGAAUUAUGCAUCAGGAGGAGGAGGGAUUAUGAAUGCAACUGGAAGAAUAUUUGUUAAUAGGCUAGGAUUGGAUAUCCAAAUCGACUUCUACAAUACUACGAGAAAGCAGUUUGAUAAAUUGUUGGGUCCAUCCAAGGCCAAAGAUUAUAUAAGGAAGAGUUCCAUCUUCUCAAUCACAAUUGGAGCAAAUGAUUUUCUGAACAAUUAUCUUCUGCCAGUUCUCUCCAUAGGAGCAAGGAUUUCCGAGACCCCUGAUGGUUUCAUUGAUGACAUGAUCAAUCACUUAAGGGACCAAUUAACAAGACUUUACCAGCUAGAUGCUCGGAAGUUUGUCAUAGGAAAUGUUGGUCCCAUAGGCUGCAUACCCUAUCAGAAAACGAUCAAUCAGCUGAAUGAAAACGAAUGUGUUGAUUUGGCAAAUAAGCUAGCGAAGCAGUACAAUAGCCGAUUACAGAAUUUGCUGACUGAACUGAACGGAAAGCUCCCUGGAGCUACAUUUGUUGUAGCCAAUGUGUAUGACCUGGUGAUGGAACUCAUCACAAAUUAUGAGAAAUAUGGUUUUAUAACAGCAAGCAAAGCCUGUUGUGGGAAUGGAGGCCAAUUUGCAGGUAUAAUUCCCUGUGGACCAACAUCCACUAUGUGCAAGGAUCGUGACAAGCAUGUUUUCUGGGAUCCUUACCACCCAAGCGAGGCUGCCAAUCUCAUAAUCGCCAGGCAACUUCUUUACGGAAGCACAAAAUAUAUUUCCCCAGUGAAUCUUAAAGAGCUUCGUAAUCUUUAGCUGUACUGGUUUUCCUUCCAUCUUUCAUGACUAUUUUCAAUCUUUUCCUCUUUGAAAAGUACCCAAACCAGAUUGCUUGUUACGCCAAGAGAAUUGUUAUUGUUUCCAUUGUUUGCUUUGCUAAUAUUUCACGACCACAAGUCUCUUUUGUAGCUUUUAUUGGUUUUUCAAGAACUUCCUUUCGUUUCCUUUUAUGGUUUCCUACUUUUCUUCCUCUCUUCAUUGUCUUUUGUAUCUACUUCCAUGUUUGGAGCACCUUUGAGACAUUGGAGAAACUUUCAAGCUUCAAUAAAUGUGAAAAUGAUUCCACUAAU